UUCGCUCUCCUAGAAAAUGCGCAAAGGCUCAUGGUAGUGGAAUCUUUGUGCACCUUGAUUUAGGCUACUGUAGUCUACAUUGCGGAUACAUUACAGCCAGUAUUUUGUAAAUACUAUUUACAACGGUUACACAAAUGGGAUGGAUCCACUUUGACCAUAUCAUUUAUACUGAUUCAACGGGUAAUAGUGGACCCAAGCAAAUUAUAGAAGAAGACUGUGUCGGCGAUGUGGCGCAAACCAAAGCGUAUGACGUUUCAAGACCACUUCUAAAUUCAGAGAAGAAUACAUGUUUUUUUUUUUUUGGAAUUAAGGUUAGACUGUGAAAGAAGAAGAGGAAGAGCAAAUUAUAUAUCAAGCCCUCUGCCCUACGGUCUUUCCACCCCCUACCUCUCCUUGACUAGCCUCAGUGCUCGCGCCAGUGUACACACCCGCAUUUUUCCACACGAAACUGAAGGGAGCGACGUAAAGGAAGCAUGAAGAUUCCAUUCCGAAGUAUGGCUCUCUUGUCAAGAUAGUAACAUCUCGGAUUAAGUCCCCCCCUCUUGAUUCACUCUGAUCAAAAUGCUUGGGCUUCAGGGAAGCACCACCACUUCGAAAGUGUACAGCUGUAUGGCAUGUUCUGCUACUUUUACCGGACUGAGAUCACUGCUUGUCCAUCAGGCUUCCCAUGUAAAUGACUUUCAUCAAGACAAGCUUUUGGGUUCUUCAAAGCCAUCUUCUAGUGCUCAGAUUUGUUCCAUGGACGAAUCGAACCAGAAGCACUGCACAACUCCCACACCGGAGUCUCCUGCUUCCACUCAUUUUAUCUGUGACUGCGGAUGUGAGUUUAAAGACUUCAAUCUUAUGAUGGAACAUAAAAAGACUCAUGUGUCAAAAACUGGAAUGCAACCUGGCGAAGCCACUGCUGCUGUCUGUGCAGACGGAGACUGCUGUGAGCCUCCUUUGCUCCAGCCGACCCUGAACCAAUCAGCUUUCCACAGUCCCACCAUCCCUCCUUCAUCCGUAAUGUGUAGUUCCAAUUUCCCAACGAUUGUCAGUGGAUUUCCUUCCACAGAAGUUGACUCUGAUCGGCUUAUCCUCCUAACUAUACCUCCAGAAGACACAUCCCCACCAAAUCCAACGGAGCAUGGCCAGAGUUUGUCAUUUGUGGAGCCCUCUUCACAAGCCAUCCAGUCUCCAGUGGAAAUCAAUCAUUCUGUUACCAGAAAAAAUGACUGCAUACCUAAAAAUAAGUCCAUAAUGAAGAUGCUGGCAACAGCUUACAUGAAACGUUUCCAAACUCCUCAACCUUCUUCCAAACAUUGCAAAAGACAUGUGAUCCCUAAAACGGAGACAAUACCAGUAGAGAUAACAUCCACAUCAAAAUCAAAGCUGUCAGCUACCCCAGGUUCAUCUAUUGAUCAGCUUAGACAGCUGUUGUUAAAAUCUAGUACCAAAACAAAAGCCAGUGUGUUUAGAAAUUCCAGUAGUGAAAAUAUUGUAGUUCCGACUAAGUCAUACUGCCCAGUUGUUGUUCUUGAGACCCGGCAAAAGCUUAUUGAUUUUAGCGAUAUGAGUGCACAGGGGAGCUAUCAAUGUGGCCGUUGCAGAAGAGUUUUUAAGGACUGUGAUAGUUUGACUCUGCAUCAUGCCACACACAGGAAAGAGAAAGUGAAAUGUUGUCGUCUCUGCAAACAACUGAUCAUCGGAAAGUCGUCUCUCCCAGUCAACCAUACCUGCCCCAUGUUAUCAGACAAGGCCCUUUUUCACUCAGCAAAGAGUAAGCUGCCCUUUAUCAAAAGGACCUCAUCAUUCCAUCAUCAAAAGACUUACCACUUCAAGCACCAGAGAGCUUUUCUACACUCAAACACAAGGAAACCUUUCUAUUGUCAGUUAUGCAAGCAUAGUUACACCCGUAGAUAUAGCCUCAAAACUCACAAGUGUCUAGGGCCACAACUCUCCCAUCGUGCUUCAGUCCCACCCCUGGCUAAAGAUACUGCACUAGGGACAAACAGUGAAACGAGACAUAUUAAGGAAAGGUCUCAAAGUCCCAAUAGCGUUGGUGUGGGUACUGAUACUUUUCAACAUAUAAAGGGGGAGGUUCUUACUAUGGACGUUGAAUCUGGAGCUCAGCUUCCUAGCCUGGCCUGGACUGGCUGUCCCAGGAGCUUCUCACCUUUUUCCCCCAAACAUCCAACAAAAAACGUUGCGUCCGUAGUAAUGGGAGCUUCUGUGGACGACUGGAUAGCUGACCAGUUCAAGACUGACCAGAAGGAGGGAUCAGACGAUGCGGAAAAAGCAGGUUGUUCUCGCCAAGAAGACGAUGGGCAGUGGACAAUUCCUCUGGAUGACGAGACCGAAGUGCUGAUUGAUGCAGAAGAUGCUGCAAUCAGUGAUGUAGAGCAACAGGAAUCUAUGUCCGUGUCUCCUAAGAAUCAAAUGCCGUUUUUCAUUAAAGAUGGUGUAAAACGUUACCCCUGUAACAAUUGUCUGAAGACCUAUAGUCGGGGCACUACAUUAAGAAAGCAUCAAAAAAUAUGUGGUUCUCUGAGGUCAUACGUCCUGCAAGGUGCAUUUGGAUCAGUACAUCAAAAUGUCAAAGGAAAGCCUAUGCAUGAUUGCUUUGUCUGUGGCAAGAGCUUUAACCGUAGAGAUAACAUGAUGGCCCACAGGAGGAAAUGUCAGUUAAGGCGAACAGUGGGAGGGAUGGAUAACAGGCAGCAUAACUUCUCAGCUAGCAAGUCUUUGUUACUUCUUGGUGCCAAGAGUGAGGCGUCAGACCCAAACCAGGGAGAUAACGGUUCAAACUGGGGUAUCAUGUCAUUGCCCUCUGUGCUCCCAAGGAGAGUGACGUGCGAGUGUGGGGCCAGUUUCACCUCUCCUCAGCUUCUCCUGGAGCAUCUGCAGAAACAUGCACAGGAGUCUUACACCUGUCCCACAUGUGGUGAGACUCUCGGUUCCUGGGCAGACUAUGAGGUCCACUUACAAGUACACAUGCAGCCACACAACCAGCUAUAUCAUGGUGUGCAAAUGCAGCGCUCUCAGCCUCUGCUCUUACGGUUCCAGCAACACCCACACCAGCUGCCUGCAAAGCAACCUGCCCUGAAGAAACAACCUUUUUCAGAGCAGUGCCAAUCAAUGCAACUUCCUGGAAAUCAACCGUCUCUGUCUAAUAGUAAGCAACGUUGUGUAUGUAUUCGAUGCAACAAUACCUUCAGCACUCGCAGUUCGCUGAUCAAGCACCUGUCAUUGAAUCGGUGCAAAGGUAUCCAAGGUUCUGUUGCUGUAAAGACAAAUCACUGUUCCCGCUGUAAUGUGGACUUCCCCAAUGUUCUCAGUCUGAAGUUUCACCAGAGAAGUGGUGGGUGCAAGACAGCCUUCAAACCCAUGCGCUGCCCUGUUUGUGUACGCUGGUUUGGAACAGUAGAGGGGUUGCAGAAACACUUGCUCACUCACAAUCAGUCAGAUUCAUUUUCCUGCCUAGUCUGCCAGCGUGUCUAUUCUAGCCUUAAAUCGUUGAAGGACCACAGUAGAAAGGUCCAUCAAAUCAGGGCAGGAGACAUAGUGCCAGUAACUCAAGUGACAAUUUGAUCUGGGUGAAAAUCUGUAUAGGACUUAACUACAGAGUAGGUUUUGAUUUUAAAACUCGGGAACCCUGCAUAGUGCAUAAAAAAUGAAGUGUAUAACACUUCAUUUUACUUAAAAGUAGACUCGAUGUACAGUGUUUCUAUAAAACCUGUAACCGUUGUGAAAUGUGUUUUGAGCAUGUGAGUUUUUGUCGGCUUUCAACUUCAAAAUAGUCAAUUUUUACAUUUGUGUUCAUGCAAACUUCUGGAGUUGUAUACAGUAAGUGGAUGUAAGUGUCUUGUCUGUACACAGUAUAUGAUGUAGCUUGUGUGUGACCCUUGUUCAAAUGUAAAUAAAAGUGUCAUUCAAAAUCUA